AUGAGCACCAGCUUGUCCCCCACUGCAUCCGAGCAGCUCUGCUACCAGAACGUGACCGGGUCCUGCGUGAAAGUUUCCUAUUCGCCCGGACCCAGGCUCAUUCUCUACAUGGUGUUUGGCUCUGGGGCUCUGCUGGCUGUUUUUGGAAACCUCCUGGUGGUGAUUUCAAUCCUGCAUUUCAAGCAGCUGCACUCUCCAACCAAUUUCCUCAUCGCCUCUCUGGCCUGUGCUGACUUUCUGGUGGGGGUGACCGUCAUGCCCUUCAGCAUGGUCAGGUCUGUGGAGAGCUGCUGGUACUUUGGAGCCAGAUUUUGUAGCCUGCACAGUUGCUUUGAUGUGGCGUUUUGUUACUCGUCUCUCAUCCAUCUGUGCUUCAUCUCCAUCGACAGGUACAUCGCUGUGACUGAGCCUCUGGUCUAUCCUACCAAGGUCACGGUGUCUGCGUCAGGGAUAUGCAUCGGCAUCUCCUGGAUCCUGCCCCUUGUAUACAGUGGUGCCGUGUUCUUCACAGGUGCCCAUGAUGAUGGGCUGGAGGAGUUAGUAAGUGCCCUCAGCUGCGUAGGUGGUUGUCAUCCACUAAUAAAUCAAUUUUGGAUUUUGAUAGAUUUGCUAUUAUUUUUCAUACCUACUUUUGUAAUGAUGAUUCUGUACAGAAAUAUUUUUCUUGUGGCUAGAAAACAGGCUAUCAAGAUUGAAAACAUUAGUACCAAAGCAGAAGCAUCAGGGCCAUACAAAACCAGGGUGAGUAAGAGAGAGAGAAAAGCCGCUAAAACUCUCGGCAUCACUGUGGUAGCAUUUUUAAUCUCAUGGUUACCAUACAUGAUUGAUUCACUCAUUGAUGUGUUUUGGGGGUUUAUAACACCUUCAUAUAUUUACGAGAUACUUUGCUGGUUCGCUUACUAUAACUCUGCUGUGAAUCCUUUGAUCUACGCUUUAUUUUACCCUUGGUUUAGGAGAGCAAUAAAACUCAUUAUAAGCGGCCAAGUAUUAAAAGACAGCUCAUCAACCAUAAGUCUGUUUUCUUAA